AUGUCAUCUAACACCACCUGUAUGUCGACCGCUAGCAUCAGCCGAAACGCCGACUUCGACACUACCGUCACGUCAGGCACCAAAUCUCACAAGAUCUUGCGCUUUUCCGAGUAUCGUUACAGCUGCUUCGACGAUGUCAUAUUGCACUUCGAUGGAAUCUCGAGGCUAGUCAGCAAACAUGUUUUGGUGCAGUCUUCUCCCAUCUUCGCCACUGCCUUCAAGGACAGCUCCGAGAAUGACAAACCUCCACAGUUCACUAUCGAAAAGUACUCGAAGGAUGCCGUAUUUACACUACUCCACCACAUCCACGACGAGGGCGGCUACUAUAGUAGAUUGCCUAGAUUGUGGUCAAAGAUGCCAGAAGAGUCUAUGAUUGAUGCUUGGGGAGAAUUGCGUAACUACUUUGAGGUCUUUCUCAUGGCAAACGAGUAUGGUGUCGAGUCACUGAGAUCGCAAGCUCAGGCAAACAUCAUGGCUAUCAGGAAACGCGCCUGGAAACUUGAGGACACCCUCAUCGUCAGCACAAUACUCAAUGAAGUUGUCAAUAUCUACAACAAUGCCUGCGACCUAGACUCAAGUAUGCUGCAUGAGUUGGCAUCGCAGUGUCUUGAGCAUGAGUGCAAAAAAGAACGCAACCAUUUCUGGAUGUUUGGGAAAUACGAUGGGAUAUGGGCUGCUGAGAUAAAAGGGUUUGAGAAACUGGUGGCCAAGUUGAAUGAGCUUGACGAGGGUUUGGUUCCUAAGCCAUGGAAGUCGUGUGUACUACCUCGCAGUGGUACACCGCCUUUGGUCUUCUAA